AUGGCUGAAAGCAUCCGGGACGGCCCUGCGUGUAGUGGGACGGCAGGCAGGCAGGAGCCGGUUUCCUUUCCGGAGUAUGAGCUUCCGGAGCUAAACACUCGCUCCUUCCAUGUGGGUGCCUUCGGGGAGCUGUGGCGGGGCCGACUGCGCGGGGCAGACGACUUGUCGUUGAAGGAGCCUCCGUCGCCCGCGUUGCCCGGCCUCCGAGGGGGCGCCGACUCCGCCCGGGAGGAUGCCGCGGUGACUCGGGAUCUGGGCUGCAGCCUGGAGGCGGCUGCCGAGCUAAGGACAGUGUGCGGCCUUGAUAAACUGCAGUGCCUUGAGGAAGGCGGGGAUCCAGAAGUCAUCCCAGAGGACGCUGACCUGGAGACGUUGAGGGUUAGAAAGAGGCUCAUGGAACAGCGGGAAGAAACCCUAACAAUAGACAGAGUGUGCCGACAGGAAACAUUUGCUUACGAGAUGGGGUCACAGGGCAUGGGAAAACGGCCCGGAAACCCUGCAGACCUGGUGGGAGCAGGGGAGCUGAUCCUGUCUCUCAAUAUCCUCUACCCUGUCAUAUUUCACAAGCACAAAGAACACAAACCGUACCAGACGGUGUUAGUAUUGGGCAGCCAGAAGCUCACAGAACUGAGGGAUUCAAUUUGCUGUGUCAGUGACCUCCAGAUGGGUGGAGAAUUCAGCAACACUCCUGACCAGGCCCCUGAGCACAUCAGCAAAGAUCUCUACAAAUCAGCCUUCUUUUAUUUUGAAGGCACAUUUUACAAUGAUCAAAGAUAUCCUGAAUGCAGAGAUCUGAGCAGAACAAUCAUUGAGUGGUCUGAGUCCCAUGAUCGAGGCUAUGGAAAGUUUCAGACAGCUAACAUGGAAGAUUUCACUUUCAAUGAUCUUUCUGUCAAACUGGGCUUUCCAUACUUAUACUGUCACCAGGGAGACUGUGAGCAUGUCGUCGUCAUUACCGACAUAAGGUUGGUGCACUAUGACGACUGCUUGGAUAGGACACUUUACCCACUUCUGAUCAAGAAACACUGGCUAUGGACAAGAAAAUGCUUUGUCUGUAAAAUGUACACAGCCAGGUGGGUGACGAACAAUGACAGUUUUGCACCAGUGGACCCAUGCUUCUUUUGUGAUGUUUGCUUCCGAAUGCUCCACUAUGACUCUGAAGGCAAUAAACUGGGGGAAUUUCUUGCUUACCCUUACGUUGAUCCAGGAACCUUUAAUUAA